UGCAAUACAGAUCAAAUGAGUAAUCAUCUCCAAGGUGACACAGACACAAUGGCAGCCGCAGCCCCGCCCCCGGAUACAGCUUACGCGAACGAGAAAGCCCCCAAGGAAGUGGACAUCUACCGUGAUACCUUCAUCCGUUACAUGGGCUACAGCAAUGAGAUUGGCGAGGCUUUCAGACCCCUGGUGCCCAAGUCGAUUGUGGCCGCCUCCUAUGGCAUGGCCAUUGGCUACGUGUGCACGGACACCUUCGACAAGUCGCUGCGCCUGCAGAGGACCGGUGCCUCCAAUCGCGAUUUGGCCAUCUUGGCCGGGGACGUGUUUAGCUGGCAGAUGAUGGCCUCUGUGAUCAUUCCGGGCCUGGUUAUAAAUCGAAUCACCUGGGCCAGCCGGAUGAUGCUGAGCAAGGCACCAGUGGGUAUACUGAAGACGGUGCCAACACUGAUAGGACUGGCGAGCAUUCCACUGAUCAUCCAUCCCAUUGACAACCUUGUGGAUCGCAUAAUGGACGAAACCUACCGUAAGGCUGUGCGGUAGUGAAGGCAAGGCCUACCGCUCCGCGAACCCCAUUCAAACUUCUUGUUCCGGUGAUAGUCUCUAGCUCUUAAGUAUUUCCAAAUGCCACAUGCUACGUGAUACAUGCCACUCUGCUCUGCAUCGUAGAUGACAGCUAAGACCUUGGUCUAAAUGCAAUUUGAAUCGAUACAUAGAUCUGUAUAUAUUUGACAAA